CGAAAAUGCAGCGGCUCUGAAACAAAGGGACUCCGAGCGGCGUUCUCUGUUCAUUGGAAACAACUGGCUGCGAGGCUGAGGGCCCCUCUGGAUGGAAAGAUGGAAGCAGAGGGACAGUGGUGGAAAAGCCAACUCGCCUCAGAUAUCCAUCAGGCUCUGCGAAUUAAGGAGCUGAAGUUACCCACGUACCAUGCUCAUUCGCCGCAGAUCGGCAUGAGGCGCUACUUCGCCGACCUGCUCGCCGUCCUCAGUAACCGCUACCAGUUGUGCCCCACGGCACGCCACCUGGCCGUCUACCUGCUCGACCUCUUCAUGGACCAUUAUGACGUAGCAGUGAGGCAACUUUACGUCAUCGCCCUUUCCUGCCUUCUCCUAGCCAGUAAAUUUGAGGAGAAGGAGGACCGUGUGCCUAAGCUGGAGCAGUUAAACACUCUGGGCUUCAUGUGCAGCCUCAACCUGGCCCUGAAUAAGCGCGACCUCAUCAAAAUGGAAUUGCUGCUGCUGGAGACUUUCGGCUGGAACCUGUGCAUGCCCACGCCGGCUCACUUCAUCGACUACUACCUCCACGCCGCCGUGCAGGAGGGCGACUUGCACAACGGCUGGCCACUGACCUCGCUGUCCAAGACCAAAGCCUUCAUGGACAAAUACACACACUACUUCCUGGAGAUUUCCCUGCAAGAUCACGCCUUCUUGGGCUUCAGACCUUCACAGGUGGCAGCCGCCUGCAUCGCAGCCUCUCGCAUUUGCCUGCAGAUUUCCCCGAGCUGGACCACCGUGCUCCACCUGCUCACAGGAUAUUCCUGGGAUCACCUGACCCAGUGCAUCCAGCUCAUGCUGCUUGCGCACGAUAACGACGUGAAAGAAGCCAACAAGUCCAAGUCAUCACCCUCGUCUGGUCAGAGCGCACCACCUCAAGCUCACGCUUCACCCAGCCCUGCUCCCUCGGCCCUGCAAAGACACCCCGCAUCCACCUCGCAGCAGCUUCUGCUCCAGACUGGCAGCUACCCGCCUCUCUCGCAGCACUCCCCUGCUCUGGCCCAGCUGCACAUGCUGGCCGAAUGCCAGGCCAUGGGUGCAGUGAGCACGCGGGAAUACCUCCAGCCUCACCAGGCUAGCCUGCUCUCUUCCUCUAUGCCGACCGCCUCAUUCCCUUCCUUCCCCAGUCUAGCGUCAGGGUUGUGCGGCUUGCCCUUGCAGGGACCGCUGUCCAUGCAGGUGAGCAUGGCGGCAGAACCGCGACCCUGCGUGAGCCUGGCAUACGCCAACAGCUACCUGGGCUCACACCACAGCUUCGCCGCCGGAUGUUUUGACAGGUGACGCCAAGAGAGGGAGGGCAGACCGAACUCGGGGCGCCCGCUGUCCUCCACCCUCCUCUCCGCCUCCCCGGCGCCGUCCACCCUCAGCCAGAGGCACAGACUUACCAAACAGAAGGCCCACAGCCGAACAGAUCCAUCAAAGGUCAUAGUAUUAAGCUGAAACAAGCUUUUUUUUUUUUACCUUUGUUAUUAAACGCCUAAGGUGCCUGUUGCUCUGCCUGUUUUGAGAAAAGAUCUCAAAAGUCUACAGUAUGCCCAUGUGUGUAUUCGGCCUAAUUCAUUCUGAGAACGUGACGGGAGGAAAAUUGAAUGCCAGCGCUGCAAGAUGUGAUUAUCAAACACUUGGAAACGUCCCACAGGAGCAUUUUGGUUCCAUACAAAGCCUUAAGAAGAGAAACGGUGGAGAUCAGGUUCCAAAACUGCUGUUUUUUUCCCACCCCCACUUUUCUUUCUUUCUUUAUUUUUCUAUUUUAAAUAAGGCGUCCUUGAAAUUUCACACUGGAAUUACUGUGUCGUCCUUGAUGCUGCUGCCUUAAAAAGUCAGACUCUGGCUUUGUGACCAAGAAUCCUGUCUCCCUUUUGGUAUUGUUUACAGUGACUAAAUAAAACAUAUAUCAGGGAUGCGCAGAUUACUUGAAAGAGAAAAAAAAAUGCCAUUGAAUAAUACCAGCUGAUGUUUGUAUGAAGUGGUUCAUUUCUUAAAUGUAUUUGUAUUUGAUCUGCUUUAAAGGUGAUCAUGUCUGUAAGGAAGGUUACUUUGCAGUUUUUAGUUUAGAGCCCCAGCCCUGUGGACUUCCUGCAGGCAGAUGGAGAGGAAAUCCCAGGGGAAUGAGGCAUCUGUCCUGUUGCCUCUGUAGCUCACGCCGGAGGAAGCCGAGCUUUACAAGCUGCUUACCCGGGUAGGAGAGGGGAGGGAGGGAGGAGACUCCUCGAUUCAUCCAUGUUAAGCUCACUGCCAUAGAAAGAUGACUUCAUUGUCUUUUUACCUCAUCCUUUUUAGUCGCUAUGGUGCAUGCAAAUGACCUCACACUACUGAAUGACCGGCAGGCAGUCAGUCAUUCUCCAGUCGCAUGCUAGAAAACUGUGGACACGUUUAUCAUGUUUUGGUCAGAUUAGAAAAUAUUUUAACGGUUAGCUAUACUACUGAUCCAUUGGUUUGUUUGUUUUUUGGGAGAUCUACUUAAGCACACACGUGUGAGCUCGAUGACACUGUGAUGGGUAAAGACAACAGGGAUGAUGUGUUUUCUCCAAUUCCAUGAUUUUAAUUUUUGUCAUUCCAAACGAUUUCCUUUGAUGUAAAAAUCCAAGCUAGGCUAAAUAUUCAUGACGCAUUCAUACAGACCGCUUAAAGAUUAGACUAGCGCUAACCCCGAGUCCAUUUCUCUCAGGUUUUGUUGGGUUUUACAGGGAUGUCGACCGCACAAUAAAAUCAACCAGCAGCAAGACCAAAGUGUCUGCUUUAUGUCCUGCAAAAUUAAAAGCUUUCGAACCACUUUACUGGACUUUGGAUCCAAAUCGUCCUGAAUCUUGAACUACCUCAAUGUAUGCUAUUGUUUUUAAAACGCAGGACUUCCAUUUUAAUUGAUCAUCUUCUUUCGGACCAGUCAUGAGCUUCAGGAUUAGUUUUCUUUCUUUUCUUUUUUUUAUCCACAGAACAUUUUUAUUCCUUUCUUUUCUUUUGUUUUGUUAUCUAUCUAUAUUUUAUGUUGAAGUCUCGUUAUGUAGGUAGAUGAAUUGUGUUCACUGUAACGGAUAUAGGCACUGUUUUGUUUUUUUUUGUAUUUCAGCGAAGCCUCUGUGUGCAAUACGUAACCAAGAAUUUCAUCUGUUACUGUAUAUCUGUUACGUUUUUUUGUUUUUGUACCACUGUAUUAUUUUGUUUAGCCUUUAGUGUGUUUGUUUUUUUCUUAAUAUAACGUGAUAUUACUGCUUGAAAGCAGUGAUUUUUUUUAAAUGGUCCACCAGGAAAAUGUUGCACAUUGCAACCUGAUGUCUGCAAAAAUCGAGACGUUUCGCAGACCAGUGAGUACUGAUAUAGAGUUCAUUCAGUGGUCUAUGGUUUUUAUUUAAAAGCCUGUAUUUGUGUAGGAGAAUGAGGCCUGUGGAGAUGUAGGGGAAAACAUGCCAUUCGGAUAUAAAAUAAAACCCAAAGAAAAAACAAAUGGUAGAUA